UGAGUGAAUGAAUGAGUGUUGUGUUGCGUAGGGCGAAUGGGGAGUGGAAGGACCCUCUGGGGAAGGGAACUCACCGCUAAAACUUUCUUCAGAAGGAAAAGACUGGAAAGCGAUGUUUCUUUCAGACUCUGACAGUGAAUUGGCAGCACUCUCCUCAGAGUCGGAGUCUGAGAGCGAGUAUAGCGAUUGCAGUCUCGACGAGGACUACAUCCCAAGUAGUCAUGCCCGAGGAUCAAAUAAGGAAGACGUCACUGAUGAAUCCAGUUCAGAAAAAGACUUGGAUAUAAGGCCAAGGAGGAGAAGAGCUUCAAAGAGGCGAUGCUCCUCUGCAUCAGCUUCAACAACAUUGUCACCCCUAAAAUCCACACCUAAGAAGUGGGAAUGGAGUCCCCGCCGAAAAAAGAGCCGCUGUGCAUCCACGCCCAAAAAAGACUCCUCCGCCUGCCCUCGCAAGACGCCGCCCACCCCACGUAAGAACACUACGAGGGGGAAGCAGCAAGCGGAAAGUCAGCAUGUGCAAGCGAACGGGGGUGAAGCAGAUGAUGAAGACAGGUGGCGCGGUAUUGAGGAGGAAGAUGUUGAGCCUCCUCAGCCACGGUUCAGACCUGCGAGGGACGCUGGGCCGCAGCUGAACAGAACAGCGCAUUACACGCCCCUCGAGCUGUUCCAGCUGUUCUUCUCUGCCACAGUAAUUGAUACACUGGUGAAAAACACCAACGCCUAUGGAAAAAUCAAACACCAAGCCCAAAAGGAAAAGUGGGUCCCAGUCACAGCAGCCGAUAUGUACUCCUUCAUCUGCCUUGUCAUUUAUAUGGGUAUUGUACCACUAAAAACUCUGAGGGAAUACUGGAGAGGAUCUGAGCUCUUUCGCCUGCCAUUUCCUGCCUCUGUGAUGCCUUGCAGACGCUUCCUUGCCAUUUCCCGCAGUCUGCACAUGAAUGAUCCUGCUGUUGAAGCGGCCAAUGACCAAAAAAAAGGGACUCCUGGGUUUGACAGACUUUGCAAGAUAAAGCCGCUCUACAAGCAGAUUUUGGAGGCCUGCUGCACAUUCUUUCACCCCCACCAGUAUAUCUCGAUAGAUGAACGAAUGGUGGCGAGCAAAGCAAGGAUCGGGUUGAAGCAGUACAUCAGAAACAAGCCAACAAAAUGGGGGUUUAAGCUUUUUGUGUUGGCAGACUCAGUGUGCGGCUACACCCUUAACUUUUAUGUGUAUGGUGGAAGAGAAAGUGAACCCAGUGGGAAGGGGGCGGGCUACGAUGCCGUCAUGCGACUCCUGAACAUCCCGUUUCUAGGUAGAGGAUACAAGCUCUACGUGGAUAACUAUUACACAAGCCCUACUUUAUUCCUUGAUCUCCUCAAGAGAAAAAUCUGGGCGUGUGGCACAGUUCGUUCAAAUGUAGCUGGUUUCCCCAAAACGAAAAAGGAUAACGUGCCAGAGAAAACACCAAGGGGCACAAUUCAGUGGAUCAGAAAAGGAGAGUUGUUGUUUGUUAGGUGGUUUGACACCAGGGAGGUAACGAUGUGUUCCUCUAUACAUAAAGCAUACAGCCACGACGUGGCAAAGCGCAAAGUGAAAAAUGCAGACGGGCAGUGGACAGUGAGGCACGUGCCUAUUCCAGGCUGCAUCAAAGAUUACAACCAGUACAUGGGGGGUGUUGACUUGUCGGACGCACUCAUUGGCUACUACAAUGUCCUACACAAGACCCACAAAUGGUACAAGACUCUGUUUUAUCACUUUGUGGACAUAGCCACGGUGAACGCCUUCAUCCUCCACAAAGAAAUGUGCAAACUGCAGAGUCGGCCCAUGCUCACGCAGAAGAGCUUCAGGGAGCAGCUCAUCCUGUCCCUGGCCGAGAUUGGUUCCGGUCCGAGCCGCUCGGCUCCGCAUAAUUAUAUGUUGCCUCCCUCUCCUUUCAAACUGACUCUCAGUUCGCCGUUUAAAGUCCCGCCUGCCUCUGCAGCCCCAGUGCCUCCUGCCUCUCCAUCCAAAGCGGGCCAGUGCUCUUCAUCCGGCGUACCUGUUACCUCAGCUCCUUCCCACGUUAACUCGGCCCCUGGCUCGCAUCCUCCUCUGUCCACCAACGUUUCACCUGCUAAAGCCUCGGAUUCUCUGGGGUUAGGUCACCUGCCCGCAUACUUUGUCGAGCAAAUGAGCCACGUGGCCCCCAGAUAUCGAGGCACCAUCGGCAGGAGAGUGUGUGUGGUCUGCAAAAGGAAGUCUCCAAUCUAUUGCAGCACCUGCCACAAAACACUGUGUAUCACUUCUUUAAGGAAUUGCUACUCCGAGUGGCAUCGAAGCAAUAACAUCUGUGUGUGAGUGACCAGGAUUACAGUGAACUGCCUUUUAUAAAUAUAUGCAUUUUAAUUAUCACUGAUAGAAGAAAUGGCAGCUGCCUUUUCCGACCUUUGCCAAACUUCCCAGGUAGUCGUGACGUUACCCCAUAUAUAUUUGUACUUUACAGGUCUGCCGAAAUGGUGUCUUAAGUUGCAGACUGGAAUAUAAACCUAAAGGCCUGCGGUUAAUGAACCAGCAGAGGACUUGAUUAUCUUGACUGGUAGAAUUAACCUUUAAAAUGAAGGUACUCUCUUAAGUGCCACACGGGGCUUUAGCAGGUGACACCUUUGCAGUCAUCACCCAUUCAGUGUGUGAUUUUUACAGCUCAGAUACUCUGUGAAUACCUCAUAGUGGAAUUUCUGAUGUGUCUUUGUCUUACAAACCUGGAAUCAGUAUGUCACAGUACUACUGAGUUAACUUGAAUGAGAGCCCGUCACCAGCAAAGCUUAGGAGGAAACUCAGGAGGUGAUUUCCACUCACCAGCUUGUUAAACUGAACAUCAUACUCUUCAGGAGCAGGUGCUGGACAAUUUUCUUCACAAAUCUUAUCCUAAAGCCGUGUCCAGUCAUACAAAGUAAUGUGCUUUAAUGUUUAAUCAAAUGGAGUCCAAGAUCCGUGAACCUUUGGACUGAACCAUUCUGAGCCAUUCUAAACCAUUCUGAGAUGAUGUCUCACAACCAGGUUUUAUGUCUGUCUAGCUCUACCUCAAAAAUGGAUACUUACACUCAUUUCUUUCCAUCCAUCCAUCCAUUCGCUUCCGCACAUCCUGUUAAGGGUCGCGGGGGGGCUGGAGCCUAUCCCAGCUGUCAUAGGGCGAGAGGCAGGGUACACCCUGAACAGGUCG